AUGAAAUUCACUUAUGUUUUACCGGGGUGGGAAAGCACAGCAUCUGACUCUAGGAUUUUGAAAGAUGCUUUAAGUAGGGAAGACUCUCUAAAAAUUCCUGAAGGAAAAUAUUAUCUUGGGGAUGCCGGUUUUAUGCUAAAACGUGGGGUGCUUACACCUUAUAGAGGUGUUCGUUAUCACUUGAAGGAAUAUUCUACUCGCAGCCCGCAAAAUUCUAAGGAGUUGUUCAAUCAUCGCCAUGCUUCACUUCGAAAUGUUAUUGAGAGAUGUUUUGGAGUACUAAAGAAAAGAUUUCCAAUUUUAUCUACUGGCACCGAACCCUUUUACUCAUUUGAAGUCAUGACAGACAUUGUACUUGCUUGUUGUAUAUUGCAUAACUUCUUAAUGGGUGUUGAUGUUGAUGAGACCUUAAUUGCUGAAGUAGAUCGUGAGUUACUUCAACAAGAGAUUGAUAGAUCCCAACCACAACAACAACGUGAUGAUGACUAUAGAUUGGGAACAAUUUUAAGGGACGAUGUUGCUAUCAGAAUGUGGAAUGUUUAUCCAAUAUGAUAACACUAUAUAAGUAAUAUGUAUUUCUAAUGUGUUGUUUUUUUUUUUGUGUAAUGUGACUACAUGUGUAGAAUGUAGUACAAAACUUGUGUUCUAUUUGUGUAUGGUUUUGGGAAAUUACAUGAACAUGAUUAUGUUGUAGUAGAAUUAUCCAGUGGUAUGCAUUACUAAUAUUUCUUAGUUUACUCAUGUUAUUUUUGUGGAUGAAUUUCUCAUAAGCUAAUA